AUGUAAUAAAAUGAUAAUAAGUUUUAAGGAUUUAAAAAGGAAUAUAUUUAGAACUGCUAAAUUUCUGGUAGAAGUUUUGCAAAAACUAUUUCAAUAAAACUUACAAAUAAUAAAGACUUAAUCUAUAUUAUUGAUGGGAGAAUAAUAAAAAUUGAAGAACUUAUUUUAGGGUAAGGUGAUGAAAUAAAAGACAUUUAUUUAAGAGAUUAGGUAAUUGAAAAUUUAGAAUAAAUUAAAUAUCUGAAAUGGAUAGGUGAUUAUGGAAUGAAAUAGAAAAAAGUUGGAAAGUGGUCUGUAAUUUGGAGAGGUUCAACUUUAGAUAUUGGAGGAUCUUAUACUGAAGAGGGAAAGAAACAGGGAUAAUGGAAAGAAAUCUAUAUAAAUUAUGACAAGUUAUAAUUAAUAUAGAUAUAGUAAUGUGUAAGUGUAUGAGAUGGGAGAAUAUAAAGAUGAUAUGAGAAAGGGUGUUUGGAAAAUUAUUUAUGAUGGUUAAGUGAUGUAAGUUCAUAUUUUAAUAUCAAAAGUGGUGGAGGUUCUUAUGAUGAAAAUGGAAUGAAGAAUGGUUAAUGGGUAGAAUUACAUAAAGAAUGGAGAAGGUUUUAAAAAGAUAUAUAUUAAUAGAGAUAAGAGAGAUAUUUCAACAAAAGGUGAAUAUAGGAAUAGUAAAAAGAUUGGAAGAUGGGAUAUUAUUAAUAAUAAAAAUGGGCAUCUUAUGUAAUACUAUCAUUUAUAAAUAACAAAAUUGAAAGUGGUGGGGGAUCGUAUGAUGAAAAAGGAUGGAAAAAUGGAAAAUGGGUGGAAAUACAAGAGUUAUGGGAUAGGUUAUCUAUUUAAAUUAUUAAAUUAUAGUUAUCGUUCAGUUUAAAAUAAUGGUGAGUAUAUAAAUGGACAUAGACAUGGUGAAUGGAUAAUUAUAGAUUAGGAAAAUAAAAAGAUGUUAUUAAAUUCUUUAUUAAAUUUAGUGGUGGAGGAUCAUAUGAUGAAAAUGGAAUGAAGAAUGGAGAAUGGAUUGAAAUUAUUGAUGAAUGGAAGUAAUUUUAAUUUAAUGAUUAGUGCUGUUCGAGAGAUUAAUUUUAAAGGGGUUUAUAAAAAUGGGAAAAAAAUUGGAAUAUGGCACACUUUGAGACAUAAAGAAACAAAAUUGUAUUUUUAAUUUUAAAUAAUAGUGGAGGUGGAUAAUAUAAUGAAAAUGGGUUAAAAAGUGGUAAAUGGAUAGAAUUGCAUGAUGAAUGGAAAAAGUAUUUAAUCAAAAAAUUUUAAUUAUUAUUUAGUUGGGAAAGAGAAGUUACUUAUGUUGGAGAAUAUCAGUAAGGAAUAAAGAAAGGAAGAUGGGAUAUUUUAUUAAAUGGAAAUUAAAAUAUGUAAUGAAUAUUGAGAGAAAAUAGUGGAGGUGGAUAAUAUGAUGAAGAUGGAUUAUAGAAUGAUAAAUGGGUGGAAUUAUGUGAUGGAUGGGAAGGGUUUAUUUAAAAUAUAUUAAUUUAAUUAGAAAUGGAGGAAAUAUAAUGUAGUUCACUUAUUGUGGUAGAUAUUUUAGAGGAAAAAAAAUUGAAAAAUGGGAUACCCUUGAUAAGGAAAAUAAAAUAAUGUAAACGAAUUAUAAAUAUUAAAUAUAAAUUAGGGGAGGAGGAGAAUAUGAUGAAAAUGGAAUGAAGAAUGGAAAAUGGAUACAAUAACAUAGAUAAUGGAGAAAGUAAAUAUAUAUAUUAACAUUAAUAGAAAUUUUAGAGAAAUCACAUUCCAAGGAGAAUACAAUAAUGGUUAAAAAAUUGGAUAUUGGAACUCAAUAUAUAAUUGUGAUAAAAUUGUGUAAAUUUAUAAUUGAUAAUUAGUGGUGGAGGUUUGUAUAAUUAAAAAGGAAAUAAAGAUGGAAAAUGGAUUGAGCUCGAUCAUUUUUGGGAUAAAGAGUUCAUUAAAAUAAUUUAUAUUUAGAGAUUCUGCUAUUACAUUUAAAGGAGAAUAUUUAAAUGGAAGAAAAUAUGGAAAAUGGGAUAUAAUUUCGGAUGAAAAUUAUAUUAUGUAAUAUUUAACAUAAUAUUUUAGUGGUGGAGGAUCUUAUGAUCAAAAUGGAAUGUAGAAUGGACCAUGGAUUGAAAUAGAAGAAGUGAGAAAGUAUAUAAAUAAAAAUAAAAUUAAGUGAUUCAUAAGAAAUUUCACUAAGAGGAGAAUAUAAUAAAGGUAAAAAAUAUGGAAAAUGGGAAACUAAUCUUAUGAUUUAUGGAAAUAGAGAAAUUAUGUAUAAUUUAUAAUAGAAAUAAAUUUAUAGUGAAACCAGAGAAUAUGAUGAAAAUGGUUUAAUAAUUGGAAAAUGAG